AUGAAAAUCAAAGUGAUUUCCCGUAAUCCGAACACUUAUCAAAGAGAAACAGUCGAUCAAAGAAACAAAAUCGUCCGAAACUUCAAUACACCGGCAGAUCCGUUCCGUGCACAAGUUGAAUACACACGUGCUCUAAAUGCGACGAAAUUGGAGCGAGUCUUCGCGAAACCGUUCGUCGCCAGUCUCGAUGGACAUGUUGAUGGAGUUCAAGUGCUUGCCAAGCAUCCAAACCGCCCAUCCACAAUCUUCUCGGGUGCCCGUGACGGUCAAGUCAAGAUCUGGAAUCUGGCUUCACGUGAGUGUCAAGCGACUCUCGACGCCCAUCGAGGUCUCGUCAACGACAUCUCAGUCGACUGUGCCAACGGAGAGAACUUUGUGACCGUCGGACAAGACGCCCAACUGAAAUAUUGGAAGAUUUCUACAGUAAUCGACACGAAACAACAGACUCCAACACAUUCGAUCCCUCUUGAAGGCGUCAUUUACGGCGUCUCUCAUCUCUCGUUUUCAUCGGAUUUCGUCACGUGUGGAGAGGAUAUUUCAGUGUGGAAACCGUUCCGUGAGACGCCUCUUCGUAGUUAUAAUCUCGGAACUGAUACUAUUCAUACGUGCCGCGCGAAUCCUGUUGAGGAGAAUGUUAUCGUUGGAGCGAGAUCCGAUCGAUCGGUUUUUGUGUUGGAUACGAGACAGGAUGUUCCGGUUAAGAAAGUGACAAUGAAAAUGCGUCCGAAUAAAAUCUCGUGGAAUCCGAUGGAGGCGUACUCGUUCACUGUCGCAUCGGAAGACUUUAAUUUGUACACUUUCGAUAUGAGAUACAUGGAACACCCUGUCCAAUCUCAUCAGGGAUUCACUUCAGCUGUGUUGGAUGUGGACUAUUCGCCGACUGGACAGGAAUUCGUCGCCGCUGGAUACGAUAGAUCGAUUCGGUUGUUUAAGGCUAGGGAUAUGACUAGCAGAGAUGUGUACUACACGAAACGAAUGGCAUCAGUGUUGUCAGUCCUCUGGUCAGCCGACUCGAAAUUCGUGUUAUCCGGUAGUAACGAGAUGAAUAUUCGAGUGUGGAAAGCGAAUGCAGCCGAGAAGUUGGGUCCGUUGACGAAGCGAGAGAAACAGGCGUUCGCUUAUAAUGAGAAAUUGAGAGAGACGUAUAAGAAUCAUCCGGAAGUCAGACGAAUCGCCAAGCAUCGCAAUGUGCCUAAACAUAUUUUCGCAGCCGCGAAAGAGCACAAACUCAUCAGAGACGCCCGUGGACGUCGGGAUCUUCGACGUGCGAAGGCUCAAGGACUCGACGAAGAGGAAUCGUAUCUGCCGACGACUCAGAAGGUUAUGCUUGGCGACGCGGAGAUGUGA